UCACAACUACGCCGCGCCGGCGCAAAUAAUUACACGAUUUGACCAAGUUAAGAAUGACGAGUAUACGUUAACAAAAAUCAGUUACCUAUUAACAAUCGCGCGUAAUUUACACUCGAAAUCAUAAUGUAUGGUAUACUAAGCACGUUAUUUUUAAUCAUCGUAACCGGAUUAUUAUACAUUUAUUGGUUUUUCAAACAAUCGCAUAAGUUUUUCGAUCAAUACGGCAUCCCGUAUUCGAAACCUCAUUGGUUCUUUGGUCACCUGAAAGAUGUGGUUUUAUGGAAAAAAACAAUUUGGUCCAUCUACAAGGACUUGUACGACAAACACCCGUCAGAUAGAUUCGUCGGAGUAUACACUUUGCAUAGACCAGGGGUCAUGGUACGAGAUCCUGAAUUGAUCAAAUCGAUUAUGGUGAAAGAUUUUUCUCAUUUUCACGAUCGUGGUUUCCCUGUGAAUAAAGAAGCUGAACCGUUUGCUGAAAGCUUAAUCAACAUGACAGGAGACGAAUGGAAAAACUUGCGAAUUAAACUGACCCGUACAUUUAGCAGUGGAAAAAUGAAAAUGAUGUUUCCGUUAUUGAAAAGUUGCGCUGAAGGUAUCCAACCAGCGUUGAAAAAGUCCAUGAAAGAGGGUCAGGAUUUCGAUGCGAAAGAUCUCGUCGCAAGAUACGCAACAGAUGUGAUAGGUAGUUGUGCUUUUGGAAUAGACAUUCACUCGUUACAAGAUCCCGAAUCAGAGUUUCGAAAAGUAGGCAGAUCAAUUUUCACAGCAAGGUGGCGAACAAUUGCACGCGGAAUAUUUCCAAAACUGCCAUCCUGUAUAGUAAAAUACUUCAAAUUACAUUUAUUCCCAGUGAAAUCAUGCGAUUACUUUUCAAAACUCGUCACAGAUGUGAUUAAAUAUCGAGAAGAGAAUAACGUUACUCGAGGCGAUUUCCUCGAUAUUCUUAUAGCCAUGAAAAAUCACAAUGAUCUGGAAAAACUCAAAGAUCAACACGAUGAUGGUGAUUUGGCCAAAUUCAUGGCUCAAAUUGGCCAAAAAACGAUGAAAAGCGACGUUGAAAUGACCGUCGAAUUAAUGGCUGCCCAAAGUUUCCUAUUUUUCAUCGGAGGUUUUGAAGGUGCGUCUACUACAUUAAUGUUAUUGUUGUUUGAAAUGGCUCAAAAUCCUGAAAUUCAAACCAAACUGCGCCAAGAGAUAAUAUCCACACUCGAAAGUAACGGAGGCGAAUUAACAUACGAUGUGAUGAAGAAAAUGCCCUACCUGGAAAUGGUUAUGUCAGAGGUUUGGAGAAGAUACCCUACCGGUCCUUUUCUUAUGCGCGAAUGCACCGAGAACCACAAAAUACCUGGCACAGAUGCAGUCAUCAAAAAAGGAGUUCCUGUAGUAAUACCGACUUAUGGCCUGCAAAUGGAUAAAAAAUAUUUUGAAAAACCAGACCAAUUCUACCCCGAGCAUUUCACCGUCGAAGCCAAACGUGAACGUCACCCGUUCGUAUUUACACCUUUUUAGUCCAGUCAAUAAAGAGUUUGACCCAAACAAAAUUGCGACAAAAGAUUUUUUUGCUUUAAAAGGUCUAGGAUGAUGUCCUAAACA